GAGCACCGCACAACAGUGCUGUCUGAACCCUUGCCACGCUAAAUUCCAUCCCAAGCUCUCCAGAAACCACCCACCUACGACAAGCCCACGAUUCUAGGCCGGAGUCAGCAGUGCAACCUUCUCUCGCCCAGAGACCCUCAUUCUCAGACUGGGACUGCAAAGCUGAAGCUCUGAAGCAGCAUGGAGUACACCUUCAGAGCAGUCACACACACCCCAGGGAUCAUUAUUUGGAGGAUUGAGAAAAUGGAGCUGGUUCAGGUCCCUGAGAAGUCCCAUGGGAACUUUUUCGAAGGAGACUGCUACAUCCUUCUCUCAACUCAGAAAGUGGGCAGUUCACUGUCCUAUGACAUCCACUACUGGAUUGGGUCACAGUCCAGCCAGGACGAGCAGGGCGCCGCCGCUGUCUACACAAUCCAGUUGGACGAGUACCUUGGCAGCGGGCCCAUCCAACACCGUGAGGUCCAGAACCAUGAGUCUGACACUUUCCGUAGUUACUUCAAGCAAGGCAUCAUCUACAAGAAGGGUGGGGUUGCAUCUGGAAUGAGGCACACAGAGACCAACACUUACGACAUCAAACGCCUGCUGCAUGUCAAGGGGAAAAGAAAGGUGACCGCCACGGAGGUGGAGAUGAGCUGGAAGAGCUUCAAUCUUGGUGAUGUUUUUCUCCUGGACAUUGGCAAGAUCAUCCUUCAGUGGAAUGGACCAGACAGCAACAGGCAGGAGCGGCUCAAGGGGAUGAUGCUGGCAAAGGACAUCCGCGACCGGGAGCGAGGUGGCCGGGCAGAGAUCGGUGUGAUCGAGGGUGACGCCGAAGGGGACUCCCUGAAGGUCAUGGAGGUGCUGACCAAUGUUCUUGGGGAACGGACGGGCAAGCUUCCACCUGGGACGUCAGAUGACAUAGCUGACCAGGAGCAGAAGGCCCAGCUCACCCUGUACCAUGUUUCUGAUGCCGAGGGUCAGAUGAAGGUCAUGGAGGUUGCCACCAGACCAUUGAUCCAGGAUCUGCUAAACCAUGAUGACUGCUACUUCCUGGACCAGGGAGGAGUGAAGAUAUUUGUGUGGAAGGGGAAGAGAGCCAACAAGGCAGAGAGACAGGCAGCCAUGUCCAGGGCUCUGGAAUUCAUCAAACUGAAGAAUUACCCCAUCACCACCAACGUGGAGAUGGUGAAUGAUGGUGCCGAGUCCGCGCUCUUCAAGCAACUGUUCCAGAGCUGGAGCAUCAAGGACCAGACAGUGGGCCUGGGAAAGAUGCACUCCGUGGGCAGAGUGGCCAAGGUGGCCCAUGAGAAGUUUGACGCCACGUGGCUGCAUACCAUGCCGGGGGUCGCUGCACAGGAGCGUAUGGUGGACGAUGGCACUGGGGAGGUGGAGGUGUGGCGGAUCGAGAACCUGGAGCUGGUUCCUGUGGAACGACAGUGGCACGGCUACUUCUACGGUGGCGACUGCUACCUGAUCCUGUACACCUACAAGAUCCAUAAGAAGAAGAACUACCUGCUCUACAUAUGGCAGGGCCGGCAUACCUCCCAGGAUGAGCUGGCAGCCUCGGCAUUCCAGGCGGUCAGUCUGGACCAGAAGUAUGGUGGGCAGCCUGUGCAGGUGCGGGUCACCAUGGGGAAGGAGCCGCGUCACUUCAUGUCCAUCUUCAAGGGAAAGAUGGUUAUCUUUGAGGGCGGAACCUCCAGGAAGGGGGGUGCGGAACCUGAGCCGCUGGUCCAUUUAUUCCAGGUCAGUGGCUCUGAGCCAUCCAACACCAAGGCCAUUGAGGUUCCAGCACUUGCCGCCUCGCUCAACUCCAAUGAUGUGUUUCUGCUCAAAAGCCAGACUGUCAGAUACUUAUGGUGUGGAAAGGGGUCCAGUGGUGAUGAGCGGGCCAUGGCUAAGGAGAUCAGCUCUGUGAUUGGUCAGGGCACUGAGGAGAUUAUGGCAGAGGGGAUGGAGCCCACCGAGUUCUGGAAUCUGCUGGGUGGGAAGGCCCCUUAUGCCAGCGACAAGAGGUUACAGCAAGUGGUUCUGGAUCACCAGCCACGCCUCUUUGAGUGCUCCAAUAAGACGGGCCGCUUCAUCGCCACCGAGGUGACCCAGUUCACCCAGGAUGACCUAAGUGAGGAAGAUGUCAUGCUGUUGGACACAUGGGAUCAGGUGUUUAUCUGGGUGGGCAAUGAGGCCAAUGAGGUAGAGCAUAAGGAGGCAGUGGUGACCUGCCAGGAGUACCUGCGCACCCACCCAGGCUCGCGGGACCCCGACACCCCUAUUGUCCUUGUCAAGCAGUCGUUUGAGCCCCCCACGUUCACUGGCUGGUUCACAGCGUGGGACCCAUCAAAGUGGAGCGGAGGAAAGACGUAUGAGCAAUUGAAGAAAGAGCUGGGGGAUGCUGCGUCCUUUGCCAGGAUCACAGCUGAUCAAAAUGGCAGCUCUUCUCAGGCAGAUGGACCUCAAAUUCACCAGAACUACCCAGCAAAGGACCUGGUCAACAAAUUGGCUCAUGAGCUCCCUGAGGGGGUGGAUCCUGCCCACAGGGAGAAAUAUCUGUCAGACAUGGACUUCUUUGACUUGUUUGGAGUCUCCAAAGACCAUUUUGCUAGUCUUCCUCAGUGGAAACAGCUUAACAUGAAGAAAAGCAAAGGCCUCUUUUAA